GUUUGUCGCUGACGUCAUUUAUUGGUAUUUUUUGUUGUUGUUAUGAAAUUGCAUCAAUUGAAUCCUACCAUAUGGAUAUGGAUUCACGAAUAAUAGUCAAUAAUAAUGAUACCAAUAUUGUUGUUGGUACAUCAAAUUCUUCAAAUGAUCGUACCGAAAGUAAUUGGACAUGUCCAAAUGAUCGUGAGCUUAUGUUACGUGCCAAAUUAGAAUCAGGAUGGUCAUGUAAAACGAAACAAUUUCAAACAUUACAUUCAUCGAAUCGUAAUGAUAAAAUUACCGAACAGGAACGAAAAACUAUUAUAGAUGUUAUAAGUCGUGCACAACAAUCGGAUGAAAUUGAAAAAAAACGAAUUGGCAAAAUGAUUGAACGAUUGAAAAAUAUGAAAAGAAAUGCACGUGGUGAUGGCCAUUACACCUGUAUAUUAUGUAAUGAAUCUUUUGGUUUUUUCAAUCAUAAUGCACAUGAAUGUCAAGGAUGUUCUAAGUUAGUAUGUAAUAAAUGUGGUGUCGAUACGAUCAAUCAUCAAAAUGAAACUAUUUGGUUUUGUAAAAUAUGUUCAGAAAUUACAGAAAUAUUGAAAAAAUCUGGUUCAUUUUUUCAUGAAGUAAAACAACAACUUGAAUCUGAAAAUCUUUCAAUGAAAUAGAUUCGAAACAGAACAUACGAUUCGAAUAUCCAAAAAAAACCAUUGCUUACAUUGUUUUGUUUUAAGAAAAAAAUGAUAAUUUUUUAUUUUUAUUCAAAUUAAUUCUAUUCAUCAGACAAAUAAAAAUCUUAUCACCAAAGUGAUUAUUGCCUGAAACUUUUUAAAUGAUUAAUUAGCUAAAACAAUCAUAGGAUUUUGCUUCCAUUUUUUU